AUGGUUUCCACAUUCCCUCCGCAUCAGUGGAGUUUGAUGAGGUUUAUGAAAAGGCACAAUGCCUUGUGCAUUACAGCUAUCAGAUAUCUGAAAAGAAGCUUAUGCUGCUUGAUAUUCAGGGUUCCUUUUUUAAGUUGUACGAUCCAGAAAUUGCAACAACAGAUCUUCUUGUUAAUGACGCAUCACUGGAUUCAAACGAGGUCAACUUCUGUGCUGGCAACCUUUCCUGUAUUGCAAUUUUAUGA